CAGUGUCACCUCGUAUGUGGCGGUUGUCAACAACUCCUCAUAUAUCCCCAAGGAGCGUCAAACGUGCGCUGUGCACGGUGCGACUACAUUACAACGGCCCCGGCGUAUACAGGCGCAAAUAGCGCUCAGAUUGUUUGCAAUGGAUGCCGAGUGCUCCUAUCGUAUCCCCGAAACGCACAGAGCGUCCAGUGUGCACUGUGCCACACUGUGACCCAGGUGAGGGCCCCUGCUGUGCCUGUGUACGUGUAUCUGGUCUGCAAUGGGUGCAACAUCAUGCUGCAAUACCCAGUCGGGGCGCAGAGCGUGAAGUGCUCCGUGUGCCACACCGUUACACCGGUCACCGCGGCAACAGCGGGAGCGGGACCUGGGGGGCCUACAUCAGCGGGACCCAACGGGCUACAGCAACCACAGCGGCCUAAACCCACGCAGACAGUAGUGGUGGAAAACCCUCCAUCAUACGACGACAAAGGGAAUGAGGUGCGUUCAAUGGAAUGA